CCAGCCACCGCUAAACCCCACACACAAACUCUAUCCAAACUCCACCCAUCUUUCCAUCAUCAUGACUGGACGCGGCAAGGGCGGCAAGGGUCUCGGAAAGGGCGGUGCCAAACGCCACAGGAAGAUCUUGCGCGACAACAUCCAGGGUAUUACCAAGCCCGCUAUCCGUCGUCUGGCGCGUCGUGGCGGUGUCAAGCGUAUCUCUGCCAUGAUCUACGAGGAGACCCGCGGUGUCCUGAAGACCUUCCUUGAGGGUGUUAUCCGUGACGCCGUCACCUACACCGAGCACGCCAAGCGCAAGACCGUCACCUCUCUCGACGUGGUCUACGCCCUCAAGAGGCAAGGCCGUACCCUGUACGGUUUCGGUGGUUAAGAUGGUUGUCUCUUUCUGCAUGUUUUUCACGAAUCUUCUACAUCGGCCUGCAUGCGUGACGGGCACGGUAUGAAGCCUUUGCGGAGCCGGAUGGGUCGGGCUGGGUUUAUGGGCUUUGUUGUAUCAUACGGCAUUCGGAGUUCGACGGGGAUCAAGCAAGUCACAUUAAGAGUCG